AUGGAGCGGUACAAAGCCUUCCUGAGCGAGAUAAAGCGGGAAAACGAGAAAAUCGGGAGGAAAAUCCGCUUCGUAAACCACAAAAGCAAGUUCCAACCGGUGAACGGAAAAAAAGUGGGCUACAACAAAUUUUUUGUAAACAGCUAUGAAGUAGAAAAAAAAAACAACCUAUGCAAAUACUACAAGCAUAAGAUAGACAGAAGUAGGGGAAAAAAAAAAGGAAAAAUACACAACGAUGGUUUUCCAUUUUUUGAAGUUUAUAAAAACACAAAUCCAGCGUUUAAAAAUAACCUCCCACAAUAUGGCCUUCUACAAAUGCUAAAAAGCUACGAUGAAUUGGAACUGUUUCAGUUCUGCUCCAGGAGGAAAGAGGGGAUCAAUUUUUUUACUCCCCUCCUUUCCCACUUCAUAGAAAUUGUAAUAAGGAAGAGAGACCUCUACCGCAUCAGCGAUGUGUUGCUACUAACAGAGCAUAUAAAGAAGUUAAAUUAUUACCACCCCUAUUUCUGCAAAUUGGUGUGCAGAGAGGUAUGUCUGGACAUUCACAAAAUUAAGACCGUUCAUCAGGUGACUCGCUUUCUAGACUUCCUCAUGCACUUCAACAUCUUUAAUCAUUACUAUGUGAAAAAGUUUUACAAAUAUGUGACGCGGUUGAUUACGCAUGGGAACAGGUGGACCCUUCUGGUCGAUCGGUUGGACUCUACUUCGCAAGAGGAGCCGGUGCUGGAUGGAUCCCAGGCGGGUGACCCACAUGGGAACGACCCACAUGGGAACGACACACAUGGGAAUGCCCCACAUGCGAAUGCCCCACAUGCGAAUGCCCCACAUGCGAAUGCCCCACAUGCGAAUGCCCCACAUGCGAAUGCCCCACAUGCGAAUGCCCCACAUGGGAGUCCCAUCCAGAUACACCCAGACGAUGUUGCCUCUCUGUGCAUGUCCUUUACAAAAUACAAAAUGAUCGACGCGGAGUUGCUGCUCCUGCUGCUUUACCUCUGUAGGCAUGAGGCAUAUACCCACUUGAGGAAUCCCCAGACGCUCCACCACCUUACACAGCUCAGCCCCUUCUACAGAUUUGUUCACGGGCCCUACUCCUCCGAGGUGUUCCCCUACAUUUAUAAGCAAGUUUUAGAGGCCACACCGAGGGGAGGCUCCAAUUUUGUUCCCCUCUUGAAAUCGUUUUACACCAUUAGCAAGGAAUUUGGCACUGCUUUAGAUGUGGAUCUGCACAACGCCACGCUGGAGAUUUAUGGCCACACGGGGGGAGCGCAGGGGGGCCUCUCCGGGGGGGGCGUCUCUCCCCCGAGUUACGUCCUGUCGGGGGGCAGCAGGAAAAAGGGAAAAAAAGCCAGAAGUGGAGGAGGAGGUGGAAACGCAAAUGCAAAUGGAAGCGAAAAUGCAAACGCAAAUACAAAUGGAAGUGCAAACACCAACUGCGUGGACCGGCGGGCGGGGGGGGAGAACCCCUUCGCCCCCUUCAACUGCGACGCCAACUCGAACCUGAAGAGGCUCAACCUGGGCGACGAGGCGUUAGCUGGAGCGCACCACGAGGAGGAGGAGCACUACGAUGAGAGGCACUACGAGGAGCACCACCACGAGGAGCACUACGAUUGGCUUCCCUCCGAGGGGCUCCCCUCCGAGAAGGCCUUCCGCGACCUAGUGGACACCGUCAAGCACGUCGUGCUCCUCAUCGAGUUGAAGCUCCUCUCCGCCUUCCCCUUUGCGAGGGAAAAGGGCCCAGCCGAAAUUGAGUUCGUCAAACGGGUGAACUUCCACGCGGAUCGCGAGAAAAGCGUCCACAAGUACAACGCGCUUAACGUGAGCGCGGAGCAGCGCGCGCUCGUGCAACGGCUACUCCGCAGGAAUGGGCAGCCACAGCCGCAGAAGCAGCAGCAAGACGGGCAGUCGCAACCGCAGAUGCAGCAGCAAGACGGGCAGUCGCAACCGCAGAUGCAGCAGCAAGACGGGCAGACGCAGCAGCGAGACGGGCAGACGAAACCGCAGACACAGCCACUGCCUCCACCGCAGGGGCACCACUUCGACGACUCCGAGCUGAACUUCCUGUUCUAUCGGAACUACGGCGACGAGCCAGGGACAGCCACGAUGGGGGACAUCAACUCGUUUUUAAAAUCCAAACCGGACGUGAAAUUCAACCUCACGGAUGGCACCUAUUUCGCCCACGUAUUUUCUCACCUGUGGCAGGUCCAGGGAUGCCAAAAGGGAAGGGUCACCAAAAACAAAUACGGGUACUCCACAACGGAGAAGCACACGGAAAAUGAUGCCCUCUACAAAAUGCUGUCCGAAAUUUUGGUGAAGAAAAUUAUUAACAUAAAGAGCGAACGCCUGUACAAGGUCAUUCUGUCUUGCGGAAACACGGCCUACUCGGACGUCUACUUGAAUCACUUUUUAAAAAAAUUCAACCGGCAUGUUAAGUUUCGGAAAAUGCGCAAGUACAUUAACUGUUAAUUGGCUAACGGGUGAUCCUGCCAAUCGUCUAUGAACUGAGCAGCGUCAACCCCCGUGCGUGGAGGAACUGCUCCGGGUGUAUCUCCUCGCUCGCGUGGGUCACCGCUGUUCUGGAGUAGCCGCACUUGGACAGCAGGUGGACUUCCGCAGAGAGCUGCCUUGCCCCCUCGUC